AAGGCUGGCAUUGCCAAGCAGUCCUGGCAGACAGACAGCUCAAUUGCUUUGGCACAUCUUGCUGUGGACUGCGAGAUGAGAAAGUCAAUGCUAUUCCUUGGCUUUCUUCUUGUUUUCCUUGGCCUGGCUCUGCCAGGCACCCAGGGAAAAACAAUUCCCAGAUGUGAGAUGGUGAAGAUGCUACGUCGGAAUGGCUUUGAGGGCUUUGUGGGCACAACUGUUGCUGAUUGGAUGUGCCUGGUGAAACACGAGAGUGAUUAUAACACGAAAGCCUAUAAUGACAAUGGUCCAAGCAGGGACUACGGCAUCUUUCAGAUCAACAGCAUGUACUGGUGCAAUGAUGGCAGGACCCCUGGAUCCAAGAAUGCCUGCCACAUCAGCUGCUCAAAACUUCAAGAUGACAAUCUUGAGGAUGAUAUUCGGUGUGCCAAGAAGAUUGCUCAGGAGGCUCGUGGCCUCACUCCUUGGUACGGCUGGAAAAAUCAUUGCCGGGGCAGAAACCUGAGUUCCUUUGUCAAGGGCUGCUAAAUUGCUCCACGGGUGUUGAUCGUUUCCUCAGGAUCACCAGAGGUGGAAAAUGACAGCGUUUGGAGAGGAGGCCAGGGAAAUGGAUGGGUGUGGGGAAUUAAAAGCAGUAUAUUAUUAAUAUAGUGGCUACUGGCUACUGCUAACUCUGGAGGUCUUCACACCGCUGCAAUGCCAACAGAGAACUCACAGCUUGUAACUUAAUAAAAACAAGGCUUAGCAACAGGCCACUACAGAUGGAGUUUCAGCCUUGAUUUACUUUCAUAAUCCUGACUCAAGGUUUUGUUGCCCUGAGAGGGUUUAGCAACAUUUAAGGUUUCUCACUCUUUUUGUAUCUGUCUCUGUUCUCCUUCACCCCUCCCUUUCUCUUCUCCUCCCUCCCCUUUAUUUUUUUGCCCAUUCUUAUUGGAGUGCUGUAGUGAGAAAAUACAAAAAUUAAUGAACACUGUGUAAGACAUGUAGAAUUAUGUUGCCUUAUGACGAGGAUAGUCACUGACGGAGGUGGGGAGUGCAGACCGCUGACAGAGACAGAAAACUAUGCUGAAAUGUGACCUUGCUCCUUAAAUUUAUCUGAGUGUCUGCUCCUGGGUGGUGUGAGGGACUGGGCACUGAAGCAUAUGGGCAUCUGGCCUGAGUGAAUACAACAUUUCUCAUCAUUCUUUGAGGAAGCAAAUCAAACACAGCCUAGAAUGCAGGCAGCAUGUCUGUGAGGAAACUAUGGGUUGGAAAGGCUGUUAGGAAAGGCAAAUGUUUUGCUGUUUAGUUUACAAGUCCUUUUUCCAAACAAAAGCUGAAUUCAGAAAGGGCACAAAUAAUACUGUGAUAACGCUGAAAAAAACAUGUUUGCUUCUUCAUGUGCUUUCUGCUGCUGCUAGGUGAGCAAUGACUUAUUUGGUGCUUAUGCAAUAAACUGAUGAUUAAACUCA